AUGGCUGGAGGCGAAGAGGGUCCAGCUGGUGGCUCGGUAUCUGAACCACUUGAUCUCGUACGCCUACUCCUCGACGAGGUAGUCUUCGUGAAGCUGCGAGGUGAUCGAGAAUUGAAGGGUCGCCUUCAUGCCUACGACAGCCACAUGAAUUUGGUCUUAGGUGACGUUGUAGAAACUAUCUACACGGUGGAUGAGGAUGACGAAGAUGAAGAUAUCAGAACAACAACUAAGAAAUCCGAGAUGUUAUUUGUGAGAGGUGAUAGUGUUGUCCUCGUCUCUCCUCAGAACUCAUCAUGA